AUGGUUGGACAUAAAGUAAAAUUACAGUCUAACGAUGGUGAUACGUUUGAUGUUGAAGUUGAUAUUGCUAAACAAUCAGUAACAAUAAAGACAAUGUUAGAAGAUCUUGGUAUGGAAGAAGAAGAAGUUAUUCCAUUACCAAAUGUUAAUUCAGCUAUUUUAAAAAAAGUUAUUCAAUGGGCAACUCAUCAUAAAGAUGACCCACCUCCACCAGAAGAUGAAGAAAACCGUGAGAAGAACACAAAUGAUAUAUCAACAUGGGAUCUAGAUUUUCUUAAAGUUGACCAAGGAACACUUUUUGAACUGAUUUUGGCUGCCAAUUAUUUAGAUAUUAAAGGGAUUCGACCAAUUCGAAAAUAUUUUGAAUUAAAAGUUGAAGCAGAAGACAACAAUUAUUUUAUAAAUAGAUUUGAAACUACAACAAGUGAAGAUAAGAAAAAAAACGUGAAAGCAAAUUUCUCUAAUGCAAAAUGUUUAACCGAUAUGCAUGAAUAA